AUGAAACUAAUUUGUAGUAAGUCGCGUAUCUUACCGAAAAAACAGAAGAGUGGAAAGGAAUUUACAACACCGAGAGCGGAGUUGCAGGCAGCAUUAAUGUUGUCCCGCUUAGUUGUAAAAAUAGUUGAGGCGCUGGAAGUGAAGUUUUCCUCCAUUAUUCUUUGGAGCGAUUCACAAAUCGUCCUGUGCUGGAUACGAAAACCUCCGGAAGCAUUGCAAGUUUUUGUUGCUAACCGCGUGAAGUUGAUUCAAUCUCUGACUGAUGAGUACAUUUGGCGUUACAUUCCUUCCAAAUCGAAUCCCGCAGACUUGAUUUCGCGCGGUGUUCAACCGCAAUUGUUACCGAAUCUUGAGAUGUGGUGGAGCGGUCCGUCGAUCUUGAAACAGGCUGAUUGUGAGCUAUCGUCUGAAACAGGCUGA